GUUGCCACUCCCACACACCCCUUCUUGUUCUUUCUGUGCAUUCACACAACACCUCUUCACUUCUUAUUGUUAUUUGUGCACGAGCGAGUGAGCCAGCGAGCAGCAACGUUUGGGUUUUGUGUGCGUGUGCUUGUGGUGAGGAGCAGUCGGUGUGGUCAGCAACCCAGUCAACGAAGGACGCCUGUUUUGCUCCCCGUGACGACUUGACUCGUGCAUCAUGGACAACGGCGAGUUCCGCAAGACAGAUGACCUUGUCUCCGGCAAGGAUGCGCUUGACGAAGACAAGCUGAAUGCACAGCUCGAGGAGCGCUACAACUCCGACAUCAUCUACACGUAUGUCGGUGACAUUCUUGUCGCCGUCAACCCGUACCAGAUGCUGCCGCUGUACACGCCCGAGAUUGCGCUCAAGUACUGCGACAUCUCCAGCAAGGCCGACUUUGCGCCACACCUGUACGCCAUCGCUGUCGGCGCAUACAAUGCCAUGAUGCGCAACAGCCAGCCCCAGGUGACUGUGAUCUCUGGCGAGUCUGGUGCUGGCAAAACCGAGAGCACCAAGCAUUUCAUGCGACAGAUUAUGAUGGCCAGCAGCCGGCGCAAUGGCGGUGGAGACGACGACGGCCCGCGCGAACUGCAUCCCGUUGAGCAGAAGAUUAUCCAGACCAACCCUAUCUUGGAGGCGUUUGGCAACGCACAGACAGUCAUGAACGACAACUCGUCGCGUUUCGGAAAGUUCAUCGAGCUCAAGUUCAGCCCCAUUGGAAUGGUUGUUGGUGCUUCAAUGUCACACUAUCUCCUCGAAAAGGCCAGGGUUGUGAAACAGGGCCCUGGGGAGCGAAACUACCACAUCUUCGAGCUGCUGCUGGCCGGCGGCGACCUCGGCGCCCUCAAGCUUGCAGGCAUCUCCCAGUUCAAGUAUCUGGCGAGCCGCCGCUCAGACAUGGACAACCUCAAGGCCGAGUACACGGAGGUGAUUGAGGCGCUUGGCAAAGUCGGUUUUACCAACGAGGAGAUUGAGGACAUCCAGCGCAUCCUGGCCACCGUGCUGCUGCUGGGCAACUUUGAGUUCAAGGACACGUCAUCGGACAAGGCCGAGAUCACGACGGCGGCGGAGCUGGAGAAGGCGGCGGCAAAUCUUGGUGUCGAGCCGGAGAAGCUGCGCAUCGGCUUUAUGACCAAGCGCCUCGAGGUGGUCGGCCAGGCCAUUAUCCAGGAACUCAACAUCACAGACGUGCAAUAUUCGCGGGACGCCGUGUCCAAGGCGCUGUACGACCGCCUGUUCACGUGGCUCGUCACCCGUCUGGACAUCAUGCUGUGCCCCAACAACCUCCGCUCCGAGAAGCAGCUCACCAUCGGCAUGCUCGACAUCUUCGGCUUUGAGGACUUCAAGGCAAACGGCUUUGACCAGAUGUGCAUCAACCUGGCGAAUGAGCGACUGCACCACUUCUUCAACGAGCACAUCUUCGCCUCUGAGAUUGCUGAGUACAAAGCAGAGGGCAUCGAGGGCGCAGAGAGCGUCUUCUUCGAGGACAACGACAAGAUUCUUGACCUCUUCUUCAGCAAGGUCUCCCUGCUUUCCAUCCUCAACGAAGAAACCAACUUCCCUGGCGCGACGGACCAGACGCUGAUGCAGAAGCUGACGGAUCAGCUCAAGGACCAGGAGGCGCUGGAGAUUAAGCCGGGUGGGUACGCAUUUGUUGUCAAGCACUACGCUGGAGGCAUCGAGUAUCAGAUUGAGGGCAUGAUUGAGAAGAACAAGGACCCCUUGCCAAACCAGAUGGCGCCCAACAUGGAGGCGGCCAGCAACUCGGUUGCGCACCUGCUGUUCAAGCCCAACUACAUUGAGCUGACGCGCGAGGCCGCUGGCGCCAACGCCGCGCCUGAGGAGUCCAAGGCCGCAAAGCUCAAGCGCAAGAAGACCCGCAAGAAGAGCCGCCGUGGCAAGAAGGCCCGCGCCCUGCCGACGGUGAGUUUCCAGUUCAGGACGAGUCUGGACCAGCUGAUGACUGAGAUGAACCGCUGCAUUCCUCACUUUGUGCGCUGCAUCAAGCCAAACCUCGAGAAGAAGCCUAAGAUGUUCGUUGGCGAGCUUGUGAAGAAGCAGCUCAAGUACACGGGUAUGCUGCAGACGAUUGAGAUGCGCCGUGAAGGCUUCCCCGUCCGCCUCGAGUGGGGCGAGCUCCUUCAGCGGUAUCAGGGUAUUGCGUUUCCCUUCUCGGCCAGCUACGGCAACUCCAAGGACAUGGCCAUCAAGCUCAUGAAGACCGCACAGGCCAAGCAGGAGGAGAUCCGCAAGGAGAAGAAGCUGACGGCGCGCGUGACAACGCUGGACGGAUGGAAGCCUGCCAACUCCAAGAUGUUCCUCAAGUACUGGCACACGGAUGUCCUCGAGACGCUGCUGAAGCCGUUUGACACUGCCAUCAUCAAGGUGCAGGCGCUUGCCCGCCGCUUUAUUGCGCGCUGCCGCUAUGUGCCGAUGCUGCAGAAGUACCACGACCAGAUGGCCUCCAUCGCAAACUUCCUCGUCGAUGUUCGCUCCAGCAGCGGCGAGAUCCACGACAACCUCCAGACGCUCAUCUCAGAGGAGAAGCGUCGCGGCCCGAAGGGUCUUGGUCUGCUGAAGGAGGUGUCUGCCAAGGACGAGGCCAAGGCAAAGAAGAAGAUGAUGAAGGAGGCUGGCAAGAUUGUCAAGGAGGCCGGCAAGAAGGUCGACGUCAAGAAGGCGCAGGCAAAGGCCAAGAAGGACCUGAACAAGAAGCAGAAGGUUGCUGCCUCCUGGUGGAACAAGUACGAGCGCAAGCGCCGCGCGCACCUGGACUCCAACGGCGAAACCUUCCCCUGGUUCCACGGCCUCAUCUCCCGCAAGGAGGCAGAGAACUUCCUGUACGACGAGGAUGACGGCACCUUCCUCAUUCGCGUGAGCGAGCGCGCAAACGGCUACGCCAUUUCGCUCAAGUUCAAGAAGCGCGUCAACCACUACAAGAUUGCCCACAGCGAUAACGGUGGUUACAUUGUGCACGGCUCUGACGAGGACUUUGGCGACCUUGAAGAACUCGUCAAAUUCUACCACGAGAAUGACGUGUCUUCGAGCGGCGACCGCCUGGUCAGCCCGCUGUACAUGGAGCACGAUCUUGGCCUCGACAUUGGCCUCUCAAGCAUCAAGGGCGCCCCUGCAGGCAAAGUGAAAUCAUACGACCCCAGCUUCGUUCCUCGGAACAUGGAGGAGGAUGACGUUGACGAGUCGAAGAUGGAUCCUCUGAUUGUCAGUGAUUAUCUUGAAGGCGGCGAGCACAACAAGCCCUCAUGGCUUCGCGGCUCCAUGUCUCGAGAUGAGGCGGAAAAGGAGCUACUUGAGCGUGGACAGGUGGACGGCCGCUUCCUCGUGCGCGAACGCGCUCGCACCCGCACCACCGUCACCUUUGCCAUCUCCUAUGCGUACGAACGCAAGUUCUACCACCAUCUUCUCAAGAAGAAGAAGCACAGGAACUUCUCCCUCAACAACCGCCCGCUCAAGUACCAGUAUCUCGAGCAGUGCGUGCGCAAGUUCCAGGAAGUGCACUACCCAGGCUUUGCGACACGACUGGAGGCUGAUGCUCCGCCGGUGUCGGCGAUCGAAAAGUCGGGUGGCAAGAAGAAGAACAAGAAGGGCAAGAAGGGCAAUCCCCCUCUGCCAAGCCGCAACUAUCGCAAGUGAUUGCGCCGCGUGCAACCUCACCCAAUUUAGUGCGGGCACAAACACCCUGCGCACGCUGAUUGUUCUCUUUUGGUUUCAUGCCAGUUGUGUUCCCCCCCCCUUCCCCCAAAUGUCUUCGCGAGGGCGUGUCGUCCUUCCCACUUGCCUAUUGCUUGUUUCCCACUGUAUGCUGUUGCACCACACCCCUUUGUGUCUUAUGGCUAUUUCUCUACACUCUCUUCGUGUGCGUUUACUCUGUGCGUGUAUGGUGCAAGUCCUUGUUCAUUGUGAGCCCUCCCCGAUGCGCGCUUGCGUCGGGCACCGUGUGCACAGUGCUCCUGUUGACUCAUCAGUCACACGUGCAUGCAAAGUAUCCCAGUUCUUGGUCACUCGAAUGACAGGGCAACUGGGAUGUUUCGUGCUACUCGUUUUUUCUGUUGUUUGCUGCUUGUGUUUUCGUUUCUUCGAAGCAGUUUGGGCCAUGGUUUCAUGCUGGUUUCUUGCAACACCCCUCUCUUGCUUUCCGCUUGUAGCGCUAUUGUUUGGCCGUUUGUGAUGCAUAUGUGUGCAGGUGUGUGAUGCGUGUUGAGGACAUUUUUGUCCGUACUCGUCGCUGGGGCCGCAUCACAUCACGUGUUGACAUUGACACCAGCACAAUACAGUUCUUGUUGCUGCGGUUUAUUCACACGUCUCAUCGUCAGUACAGGCCAUCAUCGUUGGCUUAUCAAAUGUACACCAGAGUCGUUCAGCA